AUGGUCACAGCUCGGAAGCUAAGACACUAUUUCUUGUCACACCGCGUGGUGGUUCGAACUGUCUUACCUUUCGAACAAGUGCUGGGGAGGCCAGAUCUUUCAGGGCGCAUGGUGAAAUGGGCCGUGGAGUUAGGGGAAUAUGAUGUGGAUUAUGAGCCGAGGAUGGCUAUCGCCCAAGCCCUUGCGGAUUUUAUUCAAGAAACUACUCGUCGCCCUGUGCAAGAGUUUUGGGUGGCUUUCAUGGAUGGAUCGGUUACAAAAGAGGGAUGUGGGAUCGGAGUGUAUAUCAUUUCUCUGGGAUCAGAGGUAUACCAAUUCGCUAUUAAAUUCACCUGUAAGAUAUCCAACAAUGAGGCCGAGUAUGAGGCUGUGGUCAGAGCAGUGCAUAUUUUGUCAGAGCUGCGGGCAGAAUGUGUCAUCAUCAGAACUGACUCACAAUUGGUGGCUCAACAACUCUCGGGAGGAUAUCACAUUAAGGUGGAUCGGAUGCGGGCAUAUCACAGCAAAAUUGUUGAAUUGAAGAAAAAAUUUGUGGAAUUCAGAAUAGAACAGAUCUCUCGAGAGGAGAACACCCGGGCAGACUUAAUUGCACGGGUUGCCAGUGCAGUGGAGCAAACGUGGAAUGAUGAGAUCACACUGCUCUGCGACACCAGAGAAAUGGAGACUUCCCAAGUUUUUGCGGUGGAAAUUCGGGACGAUUGGCGGGCUCCAAUUAUACACUUUCUCAUAACAGUGGAACGACUGAGCAGAGAGUCCAAUCAGAGGGCUCGAUACGAGAACUACUGCUUGAUCAAUGAUCAACUCUACAAGCGCUCCUUCACCCAUCCCUUACUGAAAUGUUUAUCUCUUGAGGAGGCGAAUUUUGCUUUGACAGAAAUUCAUGCAGGUUGUUGCGGUGGGCACACGGGAUUCAGGGAUCUUAUACGAAAAACCAUCUGGGCAGGGUUCUAUUGGCCAACCAUUACUAAUGACGCCAGAAAAUUCGUUCGCAAAUGCGAGGCUUGUCAGAGGCAUGCUGGCAGGAUUAAUAUUCCAGGGGAGACUAUGGGAGUAAUGUAUGCUGCUUGCCCGUUUGACAAAUGGGGCAUAGACAUCGUCGGGAAAUUGCCUACGGCACCAGGGGGCAAAUGCUUUCUCAUUGUGGCGGUGGAUUACUUCUCCAAGUGGGUAGAAGCCGAAGCUGUGUCAAAGAUUGACGAGGGAACUGUAGAGCGGUUCAUCUGGCGAAACAUAUGUUGCCGAUAUGGAGUCCCUAGAAUCAUUGUAUCAGAUAAUGGAACCCAAUUCACAGGGCAGAAGAUCGCCGAUUUUUGUGAUCGCAUGGAUAUAAUGCAACACUUCGUUUCCCUAGCCCAUCCGCAAGCAAAUGGGCAGGUGGAGUUGGCAAACAGAACAAUUUGCGAGGGGAUCAAAAAGUGGCUAAAUCAGAGCAGAGGGAAGUGGGUCGAGGAGCUAGACACCGUACUUUAG